AUGUCGGAUGCUGAGAAAGUGGUGCCCGAGGAACCCUUCAAUGAGAAGCCGUUCUCCGUGGAGCUUAGGGAAACCUAUUGGUACACCAUUAAAGAGCUUGCGGAGAUGUUGGAGUGUCCAGGCUGCGGAAUAUCCAUGGUAUCGUUCAAAAACCGCUUGCCCCACGUCAAGAAGUGCUUCAGCAUCAAGCGACGGGGUCCUUUGUACAGGAUACACGGGUAUGCCGAGUGCAAGUGUGGUUUACUCAUAGCAGACACGAUAAAAGCUCAAAAACUGCAUUGCUGUUUGGGUAAAAGUCGGCCAUGCAAGCCGUUCAAACCUGAGGAAAUUAUCAUACCGGAAAGUUCUUCGGCCGAUUCACCACAUCCUCAAGAAUUAACCAUAAAAAGCGAACCUCUUCAGCCCAAAAGAAAGACAUGGAUUCGCAACUUUAUGAGCCCCAUCAAGCAGAGGGAUGUCCCAUUCCUGGAUAUUUCCUACACGAAUAAAACCGAACCUCGUGUCCGGAACUUCGACAGACCAUCGCGAAAACAGGCCCCCAAAGAGGUCUCUGUGUACUCCAUAAUUCGAAGGAACGGUGUUAUUUCAGUGACGGGAAGAUCCAUCUUGAAACAGCGGAGCAACGAAAACCUUGUAAUAGUCAAAAAGCGAAGACUGCGACUGCCCGCAAUCAAUCGAAGCGGAAAGGCGUGACC